CCAUCAAGAUGGCUACCCCUGAACCCUCCUUGUGCUAGCGGAGCAGCCCCAUGGAAACACGGACAACUACCGCCUAUUUACGUGCACGACCCUCGUAGACGGCGGCGACCGCGCCGGCCGCGGUGCUAUGCGGAUCUCAGCGGCCUGAGCGGAGACAAAGGUCGUGGUUGCUCUGCCCGGAGCGCUCUCUCCGGGGCCGCUAGCUAGCGGAGCCUGCAGCUCGUUGUGUCUUCUCCGUCCCCGGACCAGCCCUCCCUCCCUCCCUCCCGCAGCGCGGCCCCCCCCCGCCGCGGCCCCGCUCCCGGGGCAGCAGCAGCGUCCGAUGGCCGAGCCCAGGAAGGUGCCGUUCGUCACCAUCUCGUCGUUCGGCGGUGCCGGAGCGCCGGUACCGCCGGCCCCGGUGCCGGAGAGCAGCAGGAAGCGGCGCCGCGAGGACGAGGCCGUCAGCCCGGGGGGGGAUGGAGGAGGGGGCGGGGGAGAGGCGGCCCGGGGGGCCACCACCGUCCGCCUGCACCUGCAGCUCAGCGAGCCCGACGACCAGGGGUCCUCAGAGUUCAACUACGGGGAGCUGGUGCACCCCAGACCCGCCCAGAGACAGGUAAAGGUUGCAGCCACUACGGUACCUAAAGGGCUCGCGCCCCCUCUGGACCCCACAGACCCCUUUGCCGAUGAUGACAAGGAGAGACGGGAGGUGGAAGAGCUGGCCAGGAAGUUUGAGAGUAAAUAUGGGGGUGUUUUAAAGAAGAAGAAAAAGGACAGGAUGCAAGAUCUUAUUGACAUCGGCUACGGCUACGAUGAGACUGACCCUUUCAUAGACAAUUCAGAAGCUUACGAUGAGCUGGUACCGGCGUCGCUCACCACAAAACACGGAGGCUUCUACAUCAACACUGGCACUCUGCAGUUCAGGGCUGCGUCCGACUCCGAGGGAGACAACACAAACACAGACGAUCAUCACAUCAAGAAGCUGAAGGAUGGUGAAGAGCGAGCGAAUAAAAAACGACGGAAAAAGCAGGAGGGGGGAAAUCUGGAGGACAAGAAACCCAGAAAGAAUAAAGUACCAAAGCCUGGAGUUUUGGCUCUGAACCGGCCAGAAAAGAAAAAGAGGAAGAAGCUGAUGAAAGACUCGCUACACCUGGCCAACAUGCUUCGCCGCUUCACGCGGGAGAAGGAGGAGAUGCGCAAGAAGAACAUGGUUGUUGCUACUGUGCCGCGAUCCACCGCCAAAGUGCCCAACACCAACAGUGCACUGCUCAACACGCACGCCAAGGCCGCCGUCGCCGCCGCCGGCGGCAGCGACUGCAACAUGGGCAACAUGGGCAACAUGGGCGACCUGACGGCGGACGACCAGGCUGUGAUGUCGCUGCUCGGCACGGCCAACAACGACCUGCUGCAGGACAUGAUGGGCGACCUGGACUUCAGCAUACUGGACUCGCCCCAGCCGUCCAGCCCGGGGCAGGGGGAAAACGGCGCCUUCGGGAUGGGACACAAGGCGGGCGGUGGGCGGGUGUCGCAGGGUAAUAUGAUGCCCCCCCCACCUCUGCCCAGCGGACUCCCCGGCCCGCUCAUGAAGCGCAUCGAAGACUUGAGAGCGGCAUCACGUCUGUUUGAUGAGGAGGGAAGGAAGAAGUUCUUCACACUGGACAUGAACAACAUCCUACUGGACAUCGAGCUGCAGGUGCAGGAGCAGCCUGCAGAUGUGCGUUCAGCUGUUUAUUCUCACCUGGAGGCCUUUGUGCCCUGCAAUAAAGAGGCUCUGCUUAAACGCCUUAAGAAGCUCAGCCUGAACAUACAGACUCUGCUUGUCCCUGUCGCCCAGGAUGACAGACUCCGAGCUCCCCUGAUGAAACUGAAGCUGGCGGUGUGUACCGUGAUGCCAGAACAGAUCGCGCGCUACAACAUGGACUGCAUCGCCAAAGUUGCCAAGCAGCAGUCGGAGGAAGGAGAGAAAAAUGGGUCAGAAGAAGAUGAUGAGGAGAAACCGGGGAAGAGGGUGAUGGGGCCUCGAAAAAAGUUUGUCUGGGAUGACAAACUCAGGACACUGCUGUGUAACCUGGUGCGGGUGAAGCUGGGCUACUACGAGCUGGAGGGGAAGAACUCCAUGUCUCUAGAAGAUUACCUGAAAGCCUUCAUGGAGACGGAGGUGAAACCUCUCUGGCCCAAGGGCUGGAUGCAAGCCAGGAUGUUGUUCAAAGAAAGCACGAUGGCUCACGGUCAUCUAACAGGCUACACGUCAAAGAAAAAGAUGGUCACCACUCCGAAGGCAAAGCCCAAGGAGGCAGCGUGGGUUCAGCGGCCCACGUCUUCGGCGGGUGCCACGGCAGGUGCCACUCCCUCUCCCGCUGGCCCCGUUGCUAAGCGACCACCCCCGUCACCGUCAGAGGCCAUAUGCCUGGAUUCCCUGGACGAAGCUCCGCUCCUCGACCCCAUCUCUCAGGCGCUGUCCCUCCUCAGUAACGCAGCUAAGGGCCUGGCCCAGGGGGACAGCCCCCCGUCCCCGGACGCACCCAAGACUGUCCCCAGCGCGCCGCCGAGCGUCCACACCUCGCCUCUCCUGCAGCAGCACAAAAAGAACGCGGCCAUGGCCCCCGGCUCCAGCACACCUCAUUACAUCUCUACCUCUUCACCUUCCUCCACCCCCCUGUCCCGGCCUUCCCCCGCCACCUCCUCCCUCCUGACCGCCGUGAGGGUGGACGGGCUGGGCGUGGUCAAGGCCACGCCACAGGCACAUAGACACUCAGUUUUAAACACUCAGAGACCUUUAAGUGUGGGUGUGACGAAAGCGAACAUGCCUGCCUCAGCGUCCCCGCCCAAACCUCGCCCCCCGCCUACCGCGUCUCCACUAGUGGCCCCAGGAUCAAAGACGGGGCUCCCCACUCCUCCUUCCGGCCUCCUCAAAGGCAGCAAUAAUAAAGCCGGUGACACUCUCAUCAUCACAUCGUCUCGACCACUAACCCUCCCUUCGGCCUCUCUUCUCGUCCCCAAGACUUUCCAGACGGUUCGCCAACCCCAGCCCCCACAGACCAAGUCGUCCCCGUCCCUCACGCAGACCCACCCCGGCGUUCAGCCCAAGCCCCAGUCCAACUUCAUCACCCCCAUGCACGCCACCCUCACCAAGUCCACCCACAGCAGCAUCCCGCCCAUCGUCAAGCUCACGCCCCGGACCCCCCACCCCAUCGUCACCACUACCGCCGCGGCCUCGGUGAACAUUUCUCCGAGUCCCCGGUCUCAGGCGACCCCCUCCAUACAUCAGUACUCCCCCAAAACCCCAGCAGGCUUCCGCCCACCGUUCUCAGGGGCCCCGGGAGGAGCGGCCAAACCGGGCCAGGGCAGCUACACUCCCACGGGCGGCCAGAAGCCCCCCAACAUCAACAGCACCACCGUUACCAGCCUUAUAAACACCUCAUCCAUAAGCAAGCAUUCAGGAACCAGUGCCUCCCCCACGGUGGCCUCUGCCGCCUCGGCCCAACGCCAGAGGCCCGGGGGUGGGACGCCUCAGGGGGCCAAGCCAGUCGUGUCUGUUCCUUUGUCAUCUGUCUCAUCUCAGUUACCACAGGUCUCCACAACGGGAGGCGGCGGCCUGCUCAGCUCAGCCUCCACUCUUCCCCUGGGGUUCGGCAUGCUGGGGGGCCUGGUGCCCGUUUCCCUGCCAUUCCAGUUCCCCUCCAUGCUCAACCUGUCUCAGCUGGGGACCGGAGGCUCCAACACGGCGCCGAGCAGCUCGGCGGCCAGUAGCAACGCGCAGUUCUCCACACUGACCCAGAAUCUGUUUAAGAGUCUCCAGUCAGGGUCUCAGGUUGCUCUGCCUCCUCACUUGCAGCUCGCUUUCUCAGAUGUCACUCAGAGCCAGGGAGGAGACGCUAAGAGGAAGACUCUGUGAUCACGCGGGGGUUCAGCACCCAUCAAUAACUAUCCAAUGAAAUAUCUGAGCAGUCCAGGAGGGAAUGAGUGACGAAUCAGGUUUGCGAGGGUUCUGAAAUCCAGAAAUCAGCUCGCCUUCUCAUCAACACAUUAUGGAGCGUCUUCUUCAAACAAGUUGAUAAAUCCUUCAUAGAACUGUUAAAUAAAAUGGCAAAUACAGUUUGUCAAUGUUUACAAAAUAGACCUAUAUCACUGUGGACAGGGAGAAGGAAUGAAUGACGUGACUGAGUGAGUGUGUGUGUGUGUGCGUGAGUGUUUGGACCUGUUAGGCUUGCUGGGCUGUGUACCUUUUGUAUUUCUCCCACUCUGAUGCAUGGUCAGUGUAUCUAUUUGGUGCUGUUUUUAUCUUAAUGUAAUUAAGACCUGUAUGAAAUGUAAACUGCAAAUUGUUGAAUUUGAGCUUUUUUUUUUUUUU